GUCGUCUUCUUCUUGGUCCCCUUGCCUGAAAACGCAAUCCCUCAGCUAGGGUGCCAACGUCAAAAUAGACUAAAACCCGUGUAAUCUCUCCCAUCAAGAACCCACUUUCUCUUCUUAAAAAAAUGACCUCAAUUCCAUUCCUCUCUCUUAAGCCACUAAUCAAAUUCCACUCAAACCCUUCCAACCCAGGUCUCUUCCUCUCUAAUUCCACUUCUACUUCAUACUCAAUCUCCAAUUCUCUCUCUUUUGUUUUGAAUAAGCGUCGUUCCCCUCCGACUAUCAAAGUUUCGAAGAGUUCCAAUGGCGGAUCAUUAUCGGCGGUCAUGUGCUCGACUUCGUCGCCGUUUAUUGGCAAAGUCGGAUUGCACACAAGAGAUGGUAACUUCACGUUCUUGUCCUUCGGUGCAAACCCUCGUGGUGUAUUAGAAGAAGUCGCUGAAAAAGCUGAUUCUUCACAGAUUUUGUCGGCAAUGCUUCCGUUUGUCGUCGCUCUCACUGCAAUUGCCGCUCUUUCUCAGCCUUCAACCUUCACUUGGGUUUCAAAGGAACUGUAUGCUCCUGCUCUGGGAGGAAUCAUGUUGUCCAUCGGUCUUCGACUGUCAAUCGAUGAUUUUGCUCUUGCUUUGAAAAGACCUUUACCACUAUCCGUUGGGCUUAUUGGGCAGUACUUGCUUAAGCCAGUGCUUGGGGUGUUAGUAGCCCAAGCAUUCAGGAUGUCUCCAAUGUUCUAUGCUGGCUUUGUACUCAUGUCUUGCGUUGCAGGGGCUCAGCUAUCUAGCUAUGCCAGCUUCUUGAGCAAAGGAGAUGUGGCUUUGAGCAUUCUCUUGACCAGCUCGACCACCAUUGCAUCGGUUCUUGUUACUCCCCUUUUAACUGGCCUUCUCAUUGGAUCUGUCAUUCCAGUUGAUGCAAUUGCCAUGUCAAAGUCUAUUUUGCAGGUUGUUCUUGUGCCAGUCACUCUUGGCCUAGUACUCAAUACUUAUGCAAAAUCAGUUGUAGAUGUUCUUCAACCGGUGAUGCCAUUUGUAGCAAUGAUUUGUACUUCGUUGUGUAUUGGCAGCCCUCUUGCAAUUAACCAGAGCCAAAUUCUUUCCACAGAGGGUCUAAGAUUGAUUGGUCCUGUGUUGAUAUUUCAUGCAGUGGCAUUCACCUUGGGUUACUGGAUCUCCAGAAUUCCAUUUGUGAGGCAAGAAGACGAUGUUUGUAGGACAAUUUCGUUAUGCACAGGAAUGCAGAGUUCGACACUGGCAGGGCUGCUUGCAACCCAAUUUCUUGGGAGCAGCCAAGCGGUUCCCCCUGCAUGCUCGGUAGUUGCCAUGGCCAUCAUGGGCCUUUGUCUAGCCUCAUUCUGGGGCAAUGGAUAUCGAAUUAGGGACCUACCAUCUCUCUUAAUCCUGCAAACCGGUUUGACUGUCAGGGCUUAACCAAGCAGCAUUGCAUCUUUGAGGACAGUGGCCAGGGUAAUUUAAUACGGCAGAGUAGAUCAAUAAUUAUAGAUGCAUACCAAUAUUACAAUUCAUUUAGACUAAAAGAGCUGGCUAACAUGUUCAUGAUCACCACUGUUUAUGAGGGUAGACAAAAGUGUAUUGUGGAAACAUUGGUCUGUCUGGGAGCAACUGGUAACUUGUACAGUUCCUAGAGCCUUUUGUAUAAGCUGCGCCUGUAAAUGUUAUAGAACCACUUAUAGAAGUCGGAAUAUUUAUG